CCAGCUUCCGGAAGCUCUUCUCAAAAUGCUGAACUGCUCUUUGGAAGUCUUCGGGGCUGUUGUAGUUGGAGUCUGUUCUCGGGCCUGAGCCACGAGGCCAGGCUCCUGGGUGUCGUUAAUGUUCGGGGCCGCCGGGCGCCAACCGAUCGGAGCUCCAGCCGCCGGGAACAGCUGGCAUUUCAGUAGAACCAUGGAGGAGCUGGUUCACGACCUUGUCUCAGCCCUGGAAGAGAGCUCAGAGCAAGCACGAGGUGGUUUUGCAGAAACAGGAGACCAUUCUCGAAGUAUUUCUUGCCCUCUGAAACGCCAAGCCAGGAAAAGGAGAGGGAGGAAGCGGAGGUCUUACAAUGUUCACCACCCGUGGGAGACUGGUCACUGCUUAAGUGAAGGCUCUGAUUCUAGUUUAGAAGAACCAAGCAAGGACUAUAGAGAAAAUCACAAUAAUAAUAAAAAAGAUCAUAGUGACUCUGAUGACCAAAUGUUAGUGGCCAAGCGCAGGCCAUCAUCAAACUUAAAUAACAAUGUUCGAGGGAAAAGACCUCUAUGGCAUGAGUCUGAUUUUGCUGUGGACAACCUGGGAAACAGAACUCUCCGCAGGAGGAGAAAGGUGAAACGAAUGGCUGUCGAUCUCCCACAGGACAUCUCUAACAAACGGACCAUGACCCAGAUGCCUGAAGGUUGUAGAGACCAGGACAUGGACAAUGAUAGAGCUUACCAGUAUCAAGAAUUUACCAAGAAUAAAGUUAAAAAAAGGAAGUUGAAAAUAAUUAGACAAGGACCAAAAAUCCCAGAUGAAGGAGUAGUUUUAGAAAGUGAGGAAAUAAGCCAGACCAAUAAGGACAAAAUGGAAUAUGAAGAGCAAAAAGUCUCAGACGAGCUCAUGAGUGAAAGUGAUUCCAGCAGUCUCAGCAGCACUGAUGCUGGUUUGUUUACCAAUGAUGAGGGAAGACAAGGUGAUGAUGAGCAGAGUGACUGGUUCUAUGAAAAGGAAUCAGGCGGAGCAUGUGGUAUCACUGGAGUUGUACCCUGGUGGGAAAAGGAAGAUCCUACUGAACUAGACAAAAAUUUACCAGAUCCUGUCUUUGAAAGUAUCUUAACUGGUUCUUUUCCUCUUAUGUCGCAUCAAGGCAGAAGAGGUUUCCAAGCCAGACUCAGUCGCCUUCAUGGAAUGCCUUCAAAGAAUAUUAAAAAAUCUGGAGGGACUCCAACUUCAAUGGCUACAAACUGGACCAGUGAGAUUCCCCUAUAAACCAAAUCUUCUAAUGCUAAUAAAUUAGUUACGUUUUGAACAUCUGGGGAAUGACAUUCGAGGGAACCUGGCUCCUGUCCUCUUCCCUGGAGGAAUAUCAUUGAAGUGAGAGCCUCUUUGAUGCAAAGAUGGGGCUGUUUUUGCUGGAGGACUGGUAUUCUUCCUUUUAGUCAGAAAUGAACCUGAUUGGGGAGGCUUUCUAGAGAUCUAGGUUGGCCCAGGGUGGAUAGAAACUACUGUAAAUUUUACAUAUUUUUCUCUUUUAUGAUUUUUCGUACAUUGAAUCCAUUUAUGUAUUACUUGCUUUGCCAAAAUGCUAACAAAAGCUAGAAAAUUAAAAACUUCCAAUUUAACCUAAGUAGUCCUUAAUGUUUAUAUUGUUACGAGUUAAGAAUUAAUUUUUACAUAUCUGGUUGUUGUAAAUAAAAUAACGUGAUGCUUUGACACUUAUGGUUAAUUUUAGAGAAGUCUUCUAUAACCAGCAUUAUUUAAAAUAUUUGCAUUUUACUCAGGGUAUUAUAACAAGGGCUAAGAUAAGUAAUAGGUGAGGUUGAUAACCUUUGCUAGAGUUUGUAUUUUGUUCAGUUUCCUUUCUACUUGGAUAAUCUGCUCUGUAUUGCAAACUCAUUGUAUUCUAUAGUAUAGUUUUCAUUGUACUGCAAAAAUCAUCCUACUUCUUAAAUUAAGCACAGUGAUAACUAGUCUGCACUACUAGAAUCACUUAAUAUUACCUUUCAUUUGCAAUUACCUUUUAAGUGAUCUGUUUUGUCUGAUACCUGAAAUACAUAAAAAUUAUUUUGACUUAGAGCUUAAUGAAAUCAUGUGAAACCUAGUAUUUUAACAAAUACUGUGUGACUCUGAAUCAUUGUCAUUUCUAAAAGUGAGAGCUGCUUGUUCAUCCUUAGAAUGGCAGACCAUAUGUGUCACUGUGAGUUUCAGAAAUACUUGCAUGAGCUCAUUUUCACCAAGCAGGGGGGAAAUGUAACACUGCUAUUGAUGGUUAAUUUAGACACUCUACUAAGUUCAGGCCAUUUGAGUUCCUUUAAAUGGUUUUAUUAAAAUGAUUAAUAUUUUUAUUAAAUUCUAAUAACUGAUAAAGUCAAUGUGAUUUAAUAUGUGUAUUUUUAUAUUGUAUGGAUUCAUUGUUAAUUCAGCAUUUAAUGGCUUACUUAAAUAUGAUUGGAAAAGAAACUUAAAGUUGACAUUGCUAUUACUUAAAAUUAUUACAAUCAGAAAGACUUUAACAAAUAAAUUAAGCAGAAAUUGUGAUGUCUCCUUUUAGAUUACUUGUCUAAACUGGAGAGAUUUAAAAAUGAUAAAGUACAACUUUGAGUCUCUUUACUUUUGCAUAUUUAAAGUGAUAUCUAAAGGUAUAAUAUUUGGUGUUUAGUAAUUGUAACUAAGCUUUUUUGUGCUAUGUCUUUGGAGUGAAAAUUCGUGUGUGUGUUUUUUUUCUGAAUUGCAUAAAUGAUUUUAUUUUAUUUUGUAUAAUGACUGUCUUUUAGAUCUGAAUAAGUCAUUUUAAAACCUUGGCCUAUGAACUUUGCCUUACCAAUCAUGAAUCUAGAUGAAUGCUAUCUAGUUCUUGGUUCAAUUUUACCUAUUUUUAUUUUUGGUUCACUGCUUGCUUGAGCAUAGCUGGGAUUUGUAGCCCAUUUUCUAGGCUUAUUGCAAUCUCACUGUGGUAUUUUAUAGAAGCUAUUACAACUGAUAGGCUAGCUUCAUGGUAUUGAUGAUACAUGGCUUAACCAUACUAAAAGCUGCCUUCCCUCUCUAAAUUGUAAAAAGGUGAUUAAGUUUCACUUGAUGGAGAUAGUACUAUAUAUGUGUGUUUAUCAUGGAACUAGUGCAUUAGGCCAUGAACUGCUUUUCUGGUCUACAUUUUUUUGUAUUCAAAAUUUUACUGAAGACAUGGACUCCUUCAGGUUUUCUUUCUCUCAACCCUGAAUUGUCCUUGUUUGAAUUUUUAAGUACUGUAAUUUUUUUUUUCAAUAAAAUCUUUCAUUUGGGCAAGAAAGGUAAGAGUUCCAAUUUGUGAUUAUACUUUUCUUAUUUCCUUUGCAAAGUUUUUGUUGUUUUGCUCAAAUUACAUAUAACUAACUAGUUUAAAAGUCAUGAUCUUUUCACAAAGCAAUCAUCUUUAAACAGUAACCAUGACUUCUAGUAAUAAGAAAUGAAAUUUAAUUACAUUAGACUGUCACACUGGAAAGCCAAAUUGCUUUUAAGAAGAAAUUAAUUUUCUAAGCGAAGUCACACAUGAAUAGCUGCAACCCAUUAGACAGAAUGGCAAUAGAGGGUUUCUUUUUCUUAAGCAGAUAAGUAAUGACUGCAUAUUCAUAGUGAUAUAGUAUUUUUGAAGGAAAUGACAGCAAGAAAAUCUCUUCCUAAGAAGGCAAAGUGAACAUUUUUGGGGAAAAACAUUUUUAAUUGAAUUACAGUUGUUUUUUCAAUGUUCUGUGAUAUCAUUAAUAUUGAAUUAGGAAAUGCCAAACCAUUGCCCCUAAGGGAAAGCUAGGAAUAGGUUACUGGGAGCCUUUGGUCAAACCUUUUUUUUUUAUCAGCUAAUGUAUAACCUUGCUUAUGUGUGUUUGUGAUUAGAGACAUUUGCUGUAUAUCAUUGGGUCAUUAACAUUGAAUUCAUGGCCAAUACCACUGAAACUGAGGCCUAAACAAAGCUUAUCUAACACAUGUUGUAUCCAGAAGGCUCACCACAGCCUUCUUGUGCUUAGUAAUGACAGGCUGCACUUCUCAACACUGUACUUAGGGACCAUUUAAAACAGUGAAAUCACCAACAAAAAGCACAAAAAAUACAAUAAACCUGGCAUUAAAUAGACAGCAAGAAGAUCGUUUUUUACAAUAUGAUAGCCAAAACAAGAAGGUAUAUAAAGCCACCUUGUUGACCUUAGCUGGGAAUAUGCAUGUGUGUUUGGAAACUCAGAUUUUUUACUAUUGUGCACAUGUCCAUGAAUAACUGUAUAACUCUGUGAUUAUUGAUUUGGAGUUAGAAAUGAAUCUUAGCCAUUUGGAAAUUUGCAAAUGUAGACUCUGCAAAUAGGAACAAGGAUUGACUGAAUUCAGUUUUAUAGAAAGCAAAGUGGUUUUGUAGAAAAUUUACAGAUUUUGAAAUUAGACCUUUGUGAAUCCAUUCUCUGGUUCUUCUUUUUACUUUUAAUUUCAUUUUGAACUUCAAUUUCUUUGAAAAUUUAAUAUGGACAACACUUAAAAUGUGUUGUAGGGUUUAAAUGAAAUUAUGAAUACCUAAUGGACUCAGUCCCAUCUUUGGCACAUAGUAUAUGUUAAGGAAGUUAUAGUUACUAUUAAUAUUAGUAAUAAUAGAAAUAUUAAAGACAAUAGCUGAUGACUUAAAUUACAUUUGUAUCAUGAGUCGAAGAGCAGAAUUUUGGAUAUUAAAUAUUUCGGUUCAUAUUUUAUAUAUAACUUGCCUUCAUAUUGAUUUUAAUACUUUAUGUUACAGCCUUUUAUGUUUCUUUUAUACCUCAUUUAUAUGUGAGCUGACCCCUGUCUUUAAUAUGGUCUUUUAAGAAUUUUUUGAGUGAAUUUUAGGUUGACAAUCACAGUACUAAAUCUCAAAACUUAAUUGCAAACUUAAAAACCCAUCUAAACUCUUUAUCUCUCCUCUCUCCCAGAGCAUUAAACUGUUCAUUAGUAGAAAGACCCAUACUGUUUAGGAGGUUUGGGUCCAGAUUGAUCUGAUUUUUAAAAAUAAUUGUGUCUAUGUAUAUGAGGGGUAAAUGCAGACAGAGUCCUGAAAAUUUAAUGUUGAUUGGAACUACUACUAUUUUCCUUCUGGUGAAACAAAACAUCAGUUUUUUUUGGAGUCCAGCUAACUAGCCCUUCAUUCUCACCUUUGGAGGAAUUAAGCAACUGAUAAUUAAUUCCAAGAAAUAUCCUGAGGCCAUUAUUCAGAAGAUUCAGCCUUUAUCGCUUACAUUUAUAGAAUUGUUUCAGUAAGUACAGUUCAUACUAAUAGGGCCAAAAUGAUGUCAGACUCAGUUGUGCGAUACAGUAAGAUACAGUAAUUUAAAGUGAAUUUAAGUAACCUUCUUUAAGCAUAGCAUUCUACUUAGCCAGGGUAUCCUACUAAGUAAACAUCUUAAUUAAUCGAUGUUUCCUGCAGGUGAGAGAUUUUUAAAAUUCUUUUUUGUUUGGAAGUAAGUGAUGACACAACAGGUAUUACAUUUGUCCACUGAAAAUUAGCAUUCAAAUUAUAUCAGCUGUUGAAAGGUCAGCAAAUGAAUGACUCAGCUUAACAUACAGUACUUAAAAGCCAACGUGAGUAUUAUAUAAAAAGUUGUAAUAAGUUACAGGGUCUUGUUUAAUAAUUUUAUAAUUGCCUCAGUACUAUUUUUGUAUGGUGGGAAGGAGAAUAGAGACUUUUAUGUCUUUUUUUUAAUACCUCAUUUAUAUUCUUGCUAGCUCCUAUUUUUAAGAUGGUCUAUGAAUGGGGCCUGUUAUGAUGUUGCUGGCAUUUGUUUAUUCUGCCAAAGGAGUCUUUUUAAUUAAACUUAACUUAUACAUAUUUAUCAAGUUAAAAUAAUCUGGAAGAAAUGUGGAGAUUAACCCUUAAUUUGAUUUGUCAUUCUGUGCAAGUAAGCAUGAUGUUUACAUUCCUAAUAGAAUGGACCAAAAAAACAUAAUUUAUAUCUGUUUGGAAAUCUUGAGUCAGUUCAUUCUGUAGGAAAGAAGGAAUAUUGUGGGUACUUACUUCUAUGAAGUAUAAAGAACCAGGAUUCCAUGAUUGAUGUGUUGAUAAUAAUGAUCAUACUGUACUGAUUUUUCAACCUUGUUUUCUUUUCCCUUAGAAUUCUAGAGUCAGAAUAUUUAGUCUGAUUUACAGCCUUUUAUGGCAGAAGAACCAUUGAAAAUUGUAGUUGAUUCAAAGAAGGAAACUACAUAUAUUUAAGAGAAAUGAGCAAUUCCAUGAUAGAAAACAAAUCUAAAAUUAUUUUUAAAAAUAUAGUGUGUGUCCUCAACUAAAAUUUGACCAUGUAGUUACCAAAAAUUUUCAGUGGAAUUUGGCAACGAAAUGCUUUAUUAUAACCCUUGUACAUUGAUACUUGUUUGUUUCCUGAAAACAUUUUUUUGAAUGCUUGAAAAUAUAAGAAGACUGUAUAUUUAGAAAAUUUUUAUAUUUUAAAUAUACAUGGUGUAUAUUCUAAUACAUUACUAUAUAUUUUAAUUUAGUUUUCAUCUUAUCUCAUUCCAUGGAUUCCUUCUGUGGAAUCUCAGCUUGAGAUCCAGAUAUCACAUUAGAAAGAGGAUCCUCUUUCUUUUUUGUUAAGACUUAUUUUAAGAUAGUUAUUUUGUAUCAUAGAAAAGUACAAAUUAAUAGAAUUAUAAAUAUUUCUUUUUAAAUAGACAUUUUAAUAGUAUCCCUUGUUUGAUUUAAGAUUCUCUAUUUUGAUGUGAUUCACAACUUUAUAUUUCAUAUCAUAUAUAUUGAAUAUUCACUGUCAUUUGAAAAUAUGAAUUUAACGGUUUUUCAUUGUUUCAUGAAAUAGUACAAAUAUUAACAUUAAUAUUCUUAUUUUGUUACACUUUACUAAAAGUAGAACAGAUGUACAAAAAUUUAAAGGGAACAGAUAUGAUAGAAUAUUCAUUUUCUAUUAUUAUAUUCUCCAUAUUUAUUUUUUAAAUCCUUUAGGAAAAAACUGUCUAAAAAUAUAUUCAACCUGAUAUUUUCGUGUUACGAAAAUUGACCUCUAAUUUUUUUUUCAUAUAUUUAAAAUGUUGUGUUUCCUUCUCUGAUAACAUAGUACAAGUUUGACUUCAUAUCUUUGCAUUUGGGUUUCAGAUGCUUCAGAAAUGUAGAACUGUACAAAGUGAAUGUUAGUAAUGAUAGCAAACAUUUCUAAUGAUGCUUAGUAGUGCUGUCUGCACUUUUUUCUAUGUGCUGUUUAUAUAUAUUUAAUAUUAUUAAUAUCCCAAUAAUGUAUAUUAACAUUUACAACUUAAACAUUUUGUUUGUUCCCCUUUGGUAAGCCAAAAUUAAUGCAAUUUGGAAAUUUCUUUACAUUACUAUCAUGUCACUAAUAAAUAUAAAUAAAUAAUCUUCCCAAA